UUUCACUAAUGACGUAACCUCUCCUUAGCUUUGACAACAAGCAGAAGGGGCAAACGAGCGGUUGAAACAUCGACCAGCCUAGUUGCCUACAUUGUCAGUAGGGCACUGUAGUCAUAUUCUUCACGGCAGAACAUACUCAAUAUUUGACGACCCUUUAGGAACAAACUACGAUUUCCGAAAAUCGCUCAACUCUCUGUAAGGCUUCUCUGUUUGUGGAGUUGCUAUUUCCUGAGCGGAAGGGGGUGUCGUUUUAUAAGAAGAGGGGAUUUACUGUGACGAGUCCACGAUGAAUCCCGAAUAUGACUAUUUAUUCAAGCUGCUCCUGAUCGGUGACUCUGGUGUCGGAAAGUCAUGUCUUCUACUCCGAUUUGCAGAUGACACAUACACAGAAAGCUACAUAAGCACAAUUGGAGUAGACUUCAAAAUACGAACUAUAGAAUUAGACGGAAAGACCAUUAAACUUCAAAUCUGGGACACGGCGGGGCAGGAGAGGUUUCGCACAAUCACAUCCAGCUACUAUAGAGGAGCCCACGGCAUUAUCGUAGUCUACGACGUCACAGACCAGGAGUCCUUCAACAAUGUCAAGCAGUGGCUACAGGAAAUCGACCGCUAUGCCAGUGAAAAUGUCAACAAGCUAUUGGUGGGGAACAAGUGUGACCUGACCACAAAGAAAGUGGUGGAUUACACAACAGCAAAGGAGUUUGCAGACUCCCUGGGCAUCCCCUUCUUGGAAACGAGUGCCAAGAGCGCCACCAAUGUGGAGCAGGCCUUCAUGACCAUGGCUGCUGAGAUCAAGAAGAGGAUGGGGCCCGGGGCCACGACCGGAGGCAACGAGAAGUCCAAUGUCAAGAUCCAGAGUACGCCUGUCAAACCUGCCUCGGGGGGCUGCUGCUGAGAGAGAACCCCACCAACACCUCUACCCCCACCUCAAGCACCCCCCUCUAGCCUGUCAGCCCCCUCCACCUGGCCCCAUUUUCCACCAUGCCCCACCUUCCUAGCCUAACCGUAACCGAGAGAGGGAAAGUCUGAUAGAAAGAAGUUGUGUGUGUGUGCGAGAGGGAAAACAAAAUGAAGUUGCCUGAAUUUGUACUGUAGCUGCACUACCAAGAAAAUAAAUCAUUAUCCCCCCUCCCUUAUUGCCCUGGUAAUUGAUGAUUAGUAGUACUUUCUAGGCAAUCUGUUAGCAGUCAGAUGGACAUGUCCCUCACUGGCCCCCUCUUGGAGAGGCUUUACCCCCCCACCCUUCCCCGGACCACCUCAGAGACAACUGAUUUUGUUUGCCCCCUCACCCCCGCAGAUAAAACGCCCCCCUCUGUGUGCAGGGUUAUGAGAAUAAUGUGUGUGUAUCUCACUGCAUUUCUACGUCGGGAUUGGUCUGUGGUCAAAUUUAAUUAUGUUUUCUAUUCUUCUGUCCCCGUCUUUUUUCUUUUUCUUCGAUUUCCUUUCCUGUUGGUUAUUUUACUGUUUGUGUCGGCAUGUCUCUCUAAGGUGUUUAUUCGCGAAUAUGAGUGUCAGCCAACUGCACAAGUCUCUCACUGUCUCGUGAAAAAGAACUGAAAAAUAUACCAGUACCAGUCAAGCGUUUGGACACCUACUCAAUCAAGGGUUUUCAUUUGGACUAUUUUCUACAUUGUAGAAUAAUAGUGGACAUCAAAACUAUGAAAUAACACAUGGAAUCAUGUAGUAACCAAAAAA